AUGAAAGAGGGGUUUCUAUUUGGAAAAUCAGCAGUUGAAUCCAUGAAAGAGGCAGCCGCAGAGGUGGUCCAUGAGGUUAAACACAGAGACAUUGGGACAGAGAUGACACCUCUGGGCAGUUCUACUACUUCAAGAUGCCCUACUCCAUUCAAAAGCUCAUCACCGGCCCGCCACAACACUCCUGCCGAUAGGUCAGGUCCAUUGGCCUUAAUGAACUCCAGCACCAUUGACAUUGCAGAGUUGCAGGGGUGCCAUUUAGCCAAGCUAAAUCUUGGGACACAAUUUGAUUCUAUUACCUCAAAUUGGAGCUCGAGGGAAGAGGAGGAAGAGGACGUGUCGAAAAGCUUGAGACACUUUGAGAUGAGCAAUGAGUGCAGGAGAAGUGUUUCAGAGUCUAGAACUCUUGCAUGGGAAGAAGAGGAGAAGACCAAGUGCUGCCUAAGGUACCAGAGAGAAGAAGCAAAAAUUCAAGCUUGGGUGAACCUCCAAAGUGCUAAAGCAGAAGCUCAGUCAAGAAAGCUUGAGGUGAAGAUUCAAAAGAUGAGGUCCAAUUUGGAAGAGAAGUUGAUGAAGAGGAUGGCAAAUGUUCAUAGAAAAGCUGAGGAAUCGAGAGCAACAGCCCAGCUUCAACACACUGAGCAAAUCCAUAGGGCCUCCGAACAGCCGCAGAAGAUGAUGAAUCGACAAAACUCACAUUUCUCUGGGACCGAGUACGAUAGAGGUGUCAACACAUUCUCUCCGGAAGGCCGAUUAUUUCAGGUUGAAUAUGCCAUUGAGGCUAUCAAGCUUGGCUCGACUGCAAUUGGGAUAAAAACUAAGGAAGGAGUCGUUCUUGCAGUUGAAAAGCGUAUUACGUCACCACUUCUGGAGCCCAGCAGUGUGGAGAAAAUUAUGGAAAUUGAUGAGCAUAUUGGGUGUGCAAUGAGUGGAUUAAUAGCUGAUGCCCGUACACUAGUUGAACAUGCACGAGUUGAAACUCAGAAUCAUAGGUUCUCAUACGGUGAGCCCAUGACUGUUGAGUCCACGACACAAGCUCUGUGUGAUUUGGCCCUGCGAUUUGGCGAGGGGGAUGAAGAGUCUAUG